GGUUUUUUGGAAGCAGAAGCAUCGCGGUCCAAGACCAGCACAACCUUGGACAAGAAGACCCAGUUCCUGCCGUUGACUGCACCGGUGAAAUCGGUUGGCAGUACAGACUGGGUCAGAGUGUGGAUGCAGUUGAGAAGGUCCAAACAUUUGGAAGCGGCAGAAGGGAAGCCUUUGCUACCAGGGCCUCAGGAAGGUGGGACAUGGUCGAGCAUCCCACUGUCGGCGAGCAGUGCCGCGCUUUGGCUCAGAUCCCUUUUGGACGGAACUGAAGGUCCACCCAUAGCUGAGGUGGGCACUCAUUCUUUGAAGGCGACGUGCCUCAGUUGGUGCAGCAAGUACGGAAUGGAGUUGUCCACGCGGAGAGCGUUGGGCUAUCAUCAUACCGCGGCUGAUCGCAGUGUCAACACCUAUGCAAGAGAUGCCAUGGCUGCACCGCUGAGGUGUCUCCAGGAAGUGAUCACCAGCAUUGUUGAGGGCAAAUUCUUUCCAGAUAAAAUCAGAUCUGGCAUGUUUGCUGAUGAUAGUGAACUUCAAGCUGCCCAAGAUCGAUACUCCGGAGAACCGGUGGAAUCCUCGAGCGAAUCAUCGGGGGACGAGGAGGAUCGGGAGUUUGGGCGGGACGAGGAGGCCAUAGAUAGGAUGAAGGUGGAGCUGAAUUUUGCUGUGGCCGACGCAUAUCAAUGGCGUAUGUCAGACUUGAACGCAGUUUUCAGGAGCAGAGGCAAACUCAUAGGUCUCUCCGAUGAGGUUCUUGACCUUUUCAGGGACGCUGGAAUCAAUACCAUGGGAAAGCUUGCAUUUGCAUCAUCUUAUGUGCCAGGGAGUGCCGAUGAGUCUGCCUUUGUUGACUUAGUGAAGCAGGCAAUUGGCAGAGACGCAACCUUAGGCGAAAUGGCUGGAGUCAGGAGGCGCUUCAACGAGUCGUAUGCAGCGACCUCAGCUGAGAUGAAAUCAAUUGUAGAACAGAGCGAUGAAACACCUGCCAGACGACUGGCACCUGCAGAACGUUCAGAACGAUUUGAAUUUCAGCAGCAACGGUUGACAGGAAUCAAGAUUCAAGGCAUGCUGGAGCCUGGAGACAGCCUUGUGGAUGCUGCAGUGGCAAUAUAUGAAUCUGACAGGAUUAAAUACAUUGAGUGGCAACAUUGCGUGUCACGUGAACAUGAAGUCCUGACCUCAACGAAAAAAGACACAGCACUGAGUUUUGAUGCCAGUGGAGUUUUGAAGUUGAGUAAAAAGGACACGGUGACACCCUGUGAUGCAACCUCCGAAUUACAGGUGAAAUAUUGUUUGACGCGGCGAGGUUUAGCACUUGAGCAAGGAAAUGUCAUGUCCUUCGAGAACCACGAGAAGUGGGCUGAGAAGCUUCUAUCUUGCCGACUGUCCGAGCCUCCAGCUGGUUACGCUCGAAUCACUUUCAAGCAAAUGCAGUUGGCAGAUGCAAAGUUGUUCGUUGUAUUGGGCGAAAAAUGUAGAGGCGGCAUCAAAGUAGUUGGAACCGCUGAGAGGCCAUGUGACAAAAAAAUUGAUGAAGCCAUGAACUCCCAUGAAGUUCAGCAUCUUUUGCAACCCAUGCCAAUGGCUCAGAAAUCGAAGCAGGAUGGCGACUCCCUUGGCCAGGCACCUUCAGUCCGACAGACCAUACAGAAAAAGGGUGGCGGAAAAGGUAGUGGGAUCCUCAGCAAGACUGCCGAAGAGCAUGCAUUCUUUGCAAUUCCCAUUGAUCACGAUGGAAAUAGACAUCGUGCUUUCACAAAAGUUUAUUCAAUUGAGUUGGCAGAUGACAAGGCGCUGCAAAUUUUUUGUGAUGGGUCGCAUGAGCAUGCGGCAUGGGGCAUCGAUGAGUUUGGAAACUUCAACACUGCGCAUGAAGCCCAGUACCCCAACAGAUUCCCAGCGUUGAUGGGAAGAAACGGCUACAAGCCGCUCUGGGAGACAUUCCUGCUGGAGCCAAACUUCGUAGAACUGAAGCGAAACAGGGUACGUGAUGAACUGGGCAAAACUGAGGCUGCACUGCAUGAGGCCAUCCCAGACUACAUGAGGACUCUGGUACAAGACAAACAGUUUUUGCUUUUGGAAUAUUUGGCAAAAAGCAUUGGGUGGGGUGACGAGAGUUUGCACGAUGAGUUGAGAGAAGGUUUCAAGUUGGUUGGUGAAGGAACCCCGUCCAAUGUCUUCAAAAAGGAUGGACGCAAACUGCAGGGCAAGGUCCAUGAAGAUUGGUUCAAAUGUGAUGCCAAUUGUUUGAUCACCACCCUUGACUUGAAGGAUGCAUACAAACAGCUUGGCAUCCAUGAAUCUGACCGCAAUAAGGCAGUGGUGACAUUGAGAAGCGACAGGCACAAUGGAGUGGACUGCUACACGAUGAACUGUCUUCCAUUUGGAGCUUCAUCAUCUGUGCACAAUUUUAAUCGUGUGGCAAGAGUCCUAUGGGCCAUUGGAGUUGCUGAGCUCAUGAUACCUUGGGUUAACUAUUUUGACGAUUAUCCUAUGGUCUCCCCUGGUGCUAUCGCUACCUCAACUUUGAGUGCUGCGAAGGGCAUGCUACAUCUUCUUGGUUUCAAAUAUGCCGCACAUAAACUUGAACAGCCGAAGAGCAAAUCUGAAGUGUUGGGAGUAGUCGUGGAAUGCGAAGACGUUUUGGGCACUGGAGUGUUGCGUUUUUCUAUGAAAGAGAGCAGGCGUCACGAGAUAUUGGAAUGUUUGGAAACUAUUCUUCAUGAAAAGGAACUGGUGCCUUUUAACUUACCUUCGGUGCUGGGGCGCGUACAGUUUGCAGAUGGGCAACUUGCUGGAAGGACGGGUCGAUUGGCCAUGGCCGACGUCCGAGAAAUAGGCCUGACGUCAAAGUCCAAGGUUACGUUGGAUGAUGGCACCCUUGAACCUUUUGCAAUGCUCAAACGAAGAUUUGAACAAAAUGCACCCAAGUGCGUCAGAUUGAAAGGUGACCCUACGCCCGUCUUGCUGUUCACUGACGGUUCGUUCGAGCCGAGUGCAGACGGAGACAAAGCUAUGAUUGGGGGUGUUCUGAUCAUCAAUGAUCUUCCAUGCAGAGUUUUUGGUAACCACGUGCCAAGCGAGCUGCUGAAGCGGUGGCACGAUGCGGGCAAGGAACAUUUGAUUGGGCAGAUUGAGAUGUAUGCCAUCGUAGUUGCACGAUUUCUUUGGAAACACUUGCUACAAGACCGAAGGGUCAUCCUUUUUGUUGACAAUUGGGGCGUUCUUGACUGUUACAUUCCCGGUACGUCGAAGGAGAAGACAUGGAGGGAAUUGCUGCUGUGUAUCGAAGAGAUUGAUGCCAAGCACCCCAGCCACAUUUGGGCGACGAGAGUGCCUUCAGAAUCCAACGUUGCCGAUCCACCCAGCAGGGGCCUUCUUUCACCGAUUCAAUUCCUUGGGAAGCUGGUAGUGGACGAACCUUUUUGUCCAAUUGUCAAUGUUCACUUGAAAAGCUGUUUGGCUGAAGCGGACAAGGGUUUGGCUGCAUGA